AUGGAGGACGAGGAGUGCAUUAAAGAUGGCUUGGAAAGCCUUGUUGUCGACACCACACCGGCAUCGCAACAAAUUACAGUAAAGAAGGAGAGCGAAAGUACCGCCUCAUCCCCGAACAUCAGCAAGGACUCCCAAUCAGGGAGCAUAUCGCCCGACGACCAAAAGCCUCGCAGUGACAGUGCAUCUACUCCCGAUGGUCACCCACCGAAACUUGCGCGCAAAGCAUCCCAUAAGGCGAUGUCAAAAUCUAUGCAAAUAUUCGACCACUUACCUGAUGUCACAUCUGAAGCUUGUAGCCAUUUUCAAGUUAUUCCCGAUUGUUUGUAUGGCUCUAAAUCGCUUGGAUCAACGGAUCACGAUGCGCUGGACUGUGAUUGUAAUGAAGAAUGGCGAGACGGCAUGAACCAUGCCUGUGGUGAGGAUUCUGAUUGCAUCAAUCGAGCGACUAAGAUGGAGUGUGUUGAUGGCGAUUGCAACUGUGGCGAUGGUUGUCAGAAUCAACGAUUUCAGCGCAAGCAAUACGCUGAUGUUUCGGUAAUUCAGACCGAAAAGAAAGGUUUCGGGCUCCGAGCAAACGUCACUCUCGAUGCUAAUGAUUUUAUCUUUGAAUACAUUGGAGAGGUAAUUAACGAGCCUACUUUUCGGAGACGAAUGAUUCAAUACGACAAAGAGGGUAUCCGACAUUUCUACUUCAUGUCCCUCACCAAGAACGAAUUUGUAGAUGCGACCAAGAAAGGUAACCUAGGCCGCUUUUGCAACCAUUCAUGCAAUCCAAACUGCUACGUGGACAAAUGGGUUGUUGGCAGUAAGCUUCGCAUGGGUAUCUUCACCAGCAGAAAAAUUCAACCAGGCGAAGAAUUGGUGUUCAAUUACAACGUGGACAGAUACGGUGCAGAUCCUCAACCUUGCUACUGCGGGGAACCUAAUUGUAUUGGAUUUAUUGGAGGCAAGACACAAACCGAGCGCGCCACGAAAUUACCCGAUGCGACGAUCGAGGCCCUUGGAAUUGACGACAGUGAUGGUUGGGAUACCACCGUUGCGAAGAAACCCCGUAAGAAGAAGAUCACCGAGGACGAUGAGGAGUACGUUAAUAGCGUACAAGCCCGCGGACUGGAUGAGAAAGCUGUUACCAAAGUUAUGGCCACGCUCAUGCAAUGCAAGGAGAAAUGGAUCGCGGUCAAACUACUUGAGCGUAUCCAGCGUUGCGAUGAUGACCGGGUCCGCAACCGAGUUGUGCAGAUGCACGGGUAUCAGAUUCUCAAGUCUGCGCUAAACACAUUUAUUGAUGAUAAUAAUGUGGUCCUCCAGAUUCUCGAUAUCCUUUAUCAGUUUCCACGUCUCACAAGGAAUAAGAUCUCGGACUCGAAGAUUGAAUCCACGAUCCAGCCAUUGACCAAAUCGGAGCACGAAGAUGUGGCUGCAGAAUCUACACGGUUGUUGGACGAAUGGAGCAGGUUAGAGGUUGCGUACCGCAUUCCUCGAAAGAAGUUGGAUCCUAAUGCUCAGUCGGCGUCGAGCGGCCAAACCGUCAACUCAUUUGAGGAACGUCGGGGCAAUCGUCCGGAAGAACCACUCGCUAAGACUGUAUCCGCUCUACCUGAGAACACCCCUAAAGGCCCUCGCAGUAACAUCCCUCAAAGAAAUCCCAAUUUCUUUAACAAUCAACGCCAUCGACGGCCGCCUGUCCAGAUCCUUCCCCCUGGUUGGUUUGCUGCAACCGACCGACGUGGGACUUUGUACUAUUAUACACGGACAGGAACCACGACAUGGCAAAAGCCAACUGCACCGCCGGAUUCGGCUCUAUUCCAGCCUAAGGGGCCAUCUAAGGCUGAGCAACAACAGAAGACGUUACAGGAUAUUAUUGAUUCUGUGACGAAGCCGGAGACCGUAUUGAGGACGUCGGCAUCGCAAACGCCACAAACUAGUACACCUACCCAGGAUCCAAAGGAAAAGUGGCGGUCUUAUCCCAUUGACAAGCAGAUGAAAAUUUAUGAGAAUACGCUCUUCCCUCAUGUCAAACACGUCGUCGACAAAUUCCGUCACGUGCUACCGAAGGAAGAAAUAAAGAGUCAUUCGAGGCGCAUCAACAAGAAAUUAGUAGCUUCCGACUAUAAGAACCAGCGAGUCACGAAUCCAAAUGAGAUCACCGACAAGCAGAUUAAGAAGGUCAGGCAAUAUGUCAAGGACUAUUUCGAGACUGUCGUGAAGCGAUACGAGGAGCACAAGAAGAGAAAGAGUGCCAGGCAAUCUAACGGCGGCCACAAUGUAUCGAAAGAGAACCACGGUACGGAUUCCGUUGCAGCAGCUGUCAAGGAUGACGAAGACGUUGUUAUGACAGAUGACGAGCUACAGUCGACGCCAAGUAGCCUUGAGCGCAAACGAAAGCGGGACGACGAUGCGAUAUGUUCCCCCAGUUUGACUCCUUCCGAGACGCCCUCAAUGAAACGUCUCAAAGAAGAGGAAGGCGAUGUUCCAAGCCCACCUCCUCCUCCGCCUCCGCCUCUUGAUGGUGAAGCUCCGUUAGAGCAUGAUAAAACGCUUGGUGAACAAGACGUUGUCUUAUCAGCUGAGGAAGAAGCACAGCGUUUAGCAGCGGAAGCAGAGCGGGAGAGGUUGAGGGAAGAGGAGGCUGCGCUUGAACGAGAAAACGAGCUUAACAUGCUCGCUUUCGAGAAGGAACAAAGCGACAAGCUGACCAAUGGAAUUAACCACGUUGAUCCUGAAGGCGCUCCUCUGGCGAAGCAUGAGGUUAUGAGCCAUUAG